GGGGGCGCGGCGCAGCAGCACCUGCACCGCCGCAGCAUGCCCGUGGACGAGCGCGACCUGCGGGCGCUGCCGCCCGAGGAGCUGUCGGGCUUGGUGCGCUGCACCUCGUACAGCCCGGGCGGCCAGCACCGCCAGAGCUGGGCCUCCGACUCCUCCGACUCGGUCAUCUCGUCGGGCAGCGACUCGGACGGCAGCCUCUACAAGGUGAUGCUGCUGGGCGAGCACGGCGUGGGCAAGACCAGCCUGGCGCGCAUCUUCGGCGGCGUGGAGGACUGCGCGGACGCGGAGGAGGCUGGAAAUACGUACGACAGAUCGAUUGUAGUUGAUGGAGAAGAAGCGUCUGUCGUGGUGUUUGAUAUAUGGGAGCAGGAUGACAGCCAAUGGCUCCAGAACCACUGCAUGAAAAUGGGAGAUGCCUAUAUUAUUGUAUACUCAGUGACAGACAAAGUCAGUUUUGAAAAGGCUUCUGAGCUACGAAUCCAGCUGAGAAGAGCAAGGCAGACAGAGGACAUUCCUAUUAUCCUUGUGGGAAAUAAAAGCGACCUGGUCAGGUCCCGGGAGGUCUCAGUUGAUGAGGGCCGGGCCUGUGCCGUGGUGUUCGACUGCAAGUUCAUCGAGACCUCGGCCGCCCUGCACCACAACGUGCAGGAUCUCUUCGAGGGCAUCGUGCGGCAGAUCCGGCUGCGCAGGGACAGCAAGGAGGACAACGCGCGCAGGAUGGCCAACGCCAAGCGCAGGGAGAGCAUCAGCAAGAAGGCCAGGCGCUUCCUGGGCAGGAUCGUGGCCAAGAACAACAAGAAGAUGGCUUUCAAAGCGAAAUCCAAGUCCUGCCAUGACCUGUCUGUGCUAUAGGAGCUCUCGGCAGGGCAGGGGUCGCACGCGGGAUGCACGAGUGCAGAUGGUCCUGCUGGUGAUACCAGCCCUGACUCUCCCACUGAGACUCUCCUUAAUGCCUUAAGGUGCUCAAGCAAGGCUGGAAGUUACACUACAGUGCUUCAUUGAUAAGUGGUUUCAGUUUCAGUGUGUGCAAGUAAAUGAACUCACUUGAAGUAUGAGGCUUGACAUGCCCAUGUGUACGUAUGUUCUAUAUCUUCUUGUCUCGUGGAUGCCAGAGAUGCAAAGAUAAGAAAGGAUAACCAU